GUAUGGUGGCUGAGAGUCAGACUACAAGAUCACAGGCCCAGAACAAGCAGAAUGCUCUCAUGCUACUGAGAACUAGGAUGUAUGAAAAACAAAUGAAGGAACAGACCUCUAUGAUAACCAGCCAGCGUAAACUUCAAGUUGGAAAUAAAAAUAGAUCAGAAAAAAUCAGAACUUAUAAUUUUCCACAGGAUAGAAUAACAGAUCAUAGACUGGGACACAAUUUUAACAACAUGACUGAGUUUAUGAUGGGUGAGACUGGUUUACAGAAUAUGAUUAAUGAAUUACAGAAAAUGGCAAAACUUGAAAAUUUACACGCAAUACUGGACGAGCUAGAAGAUUCAGGGAAAAAGACCAAAAGAACUAAAAAAUGAUUGUGAUAAUAGUGCAUUUUAUUGAUAAGAAAAUUGUUUUAUUGAUUGUGUAGAGUUGUACUAUUGUAAUGGACAUUCAGUUCUUGUUUAUUUGAAAUAGCUUUUAUUUUUAUUGACAAUAAAUCAAGUAAACACCU